UUAAAAAUGCAGUGGCUUUGCCUUUUUACAUUGAUCCUUUUUCUUGGCUGCUAUUCAGUAGAGGCUCAGCGCCAGGAUUGUCGAAGGAUCAAAGAGCAAUGUAGUUCAUGUCUCCGUCGUUUGGUGAAUCCUAAAAAUGAACUCGAAUAUAUAAACAGAGAUUGCAGAGAAAAACUGAGGGACCGAUGGGUUUGGCGGGAUGUGAGGCGUUGCGAUAUGCAGAUCAUUGCCUGUGAAAAUCACGACCAGAAAUUGGAUUGCGAAACUGUAGCCAGAUUGGCGGGAAUGCGACGACUGAUUGGUUGA